AUGCCCCCAGCCCCUCCCGACCGCCGCCCCAUUGUCGUCUCCGGCCCCUCGGGCGUCGGCAAGGGCACCCUCUACGGCAUGCUCUUCGACCGCCACCCGGACACCUUCGCCCUCUCCGUCUCCCACACCACCCGCGGCCCGCGCCCCGGCGAGGUCGACGGCGUCCACUACCAUUUUGUCUCCAUGGACGCCUUUGAGGACCUCAUCGCCCGCGACGGCUUCGUCGAGCACGCAAAGUACGGCCGCAACAGAUACGGCACCAGCAAGGCCACCAUUGAGGAGCAGACCAGCAAGGGCAAGGUCGUCGUGCUCGACAUUGAGAUGGAGGGCGUCAAGCAAAUCAAGCAAUCCGGCAUCUCUGCCCGCUACGUCUUCAUCGCCCCGCCAUCCAUCGAAACUCUCGAGCAGCGCCUCCGUGGUCGCGGCACCGAGACGGAACAGAACAUCCAGGAGAGACUCGCCCAGGCCCAGAAGGAGCUCGACUUCUCAAAGACGCCCGGCGUCCACGACAUCAUCAUCGUCAACGACGACCUCGAGUCGGCCUACAAGAAGUUUGAGGACUUCGUCUACAAGCCUCUGGAGUAG